AAAGGGUGAGUCCCUCCUUCACCAGAUCAGGCUUUUCUCUCCGAGCCUUCCGCAUCUCUGGAAAAUUGUUUUUUUUUAUAAAUUAGACGAAAAUCAAAUUUGAUUAUUCAAAGUGUCUUUUGUGAUGACUUCACUUGAAGUGUUUUGAAUCAGAUCUUGUCUAAUAGGCCUAGCCAUUCAUUUUUCCAAUUCAUUCUCACUCAGCCUAAAUACACUCAAGGAUCCGUUUGAGUAAAAGAAGAAAUCGUCCGGACAUUUGCUGUUUCUUUUUUCUUUCUUUUUGUACUUACUGAAAGGAUUUUACAGGCUUCCUGCCACAUCUUUACAAGCAUGAAACAGCCCACUGAGAUGAGCCAUCUCAACAUCUCUCCUGAAGAAGACAACAGCAGCUCCAACAGCAAUGAGUACACCACAUACCAGGACUGUCCUAGGAAGGUCCCACUAGGGGGCCAAUUCUCUGACGAUGGAGAGAGUCAAAAUCUCCCAAAAAAAGUCCUCAUUUCACAAAACCUAACAAAAAAAAAAAAAAAAAAAAAAAAAAAAAAAAACAAAAAACACAAUAACUGUGAGCCUUUUAUUGUUUUCCCACAGCACCAGGGCAAUGCUUCCUUUGGCAUGUCCGUCUUCAACCUGGGCAACGCCAUCAUGGGCAGCGGCAUCCUGGGUCUGUCCUACGCCAUGGCCAACACUGGCAUCGCCCUAUUUGUGAUUCUCCUCAUGGCCGUCGCCAUCUUCUCCUUGUAUUCUGUCCACUUGCUGCUGAAGACGGCCAACGAAGGAGGUGCACUGGUGUACGAGCAGCUGGGUUACAAAGCCUUCGGGAUGCCGGGGAAACUCGCCGCUUCCAUCUCCAUCACCAUGCAGAACAUCGGAGCCAUGUCAAGCUACCUCUACAUCGUCAAAUACGAGCUGCCCAUCGUCAUUGAAUCCUUUAUGGGAGUCAGCACUGGAGCAUGGUACACUAACGGUGACUACCUGGUGCUGCUGGUGACCCUUGUUAUUAUCCUGCCCCUGUCACUGCUCAGGAACUUGGGUUACCUUGGUUACACCAGUGGUCUGUCCCUGCUCUGUAUGGUGUUCUUUCUGAUUGUGGUGAUCAUCAAGAAGUUCCAGAUCCCAUGCCCUCUCCCUGUGGACGUCAGCGCUCUGAACGAAACAUUAAUUAAAGUGCUGAACAACACCUUGUCCCAGCUGAACACCACCGCCGUGGACUACAGCGAGGAUGCUUGCACGCCAAAAUACUUCGUCUUCAACUCUCAGACUGUCUACGCCGUUCCCAUCCUGUCCUUCGCGUUUGUGUGCCACCCUGCCAUCCUGCCCAUGUACGAGGAGCUUAAAGACCGUUCCCGCAGAAAGAUGCAGGGCGUUGCCAAUGUGUCCUUCCUGGCCAUGUUCAUCAUGUACCUGCUGGCCGCCCUCUUCGGAUAUCUGACAUUCAACGUGAACGUGGAGCCUGAGCUGCUGCACACCUACUCCAAAAUCUACAAGGCUGAUGUGGUCCUGCUGAUCGUCCGUCUGGCUGUGCUGACAGCCGUCACCCUCACCGUCCCCGUGGUGCUCUUCCCUAUUCGUACCUCGGUCAACCACCUCCUGUGCGCUUCUAAGGAAUUCAGCUGGAUCCGCCACACCAUCAUCACUGUUGUCCUGCUGGCCGGCACCAACGCCCUGGUCAUCUUUGUCCCCACCAUCAGGGACAUUUUUGGCUUCAUCGGUGCCUCUGCUGCUGCAAUGCUCAUCUUCAUCCUGCCCUCGGCUUUCUACAUCAAACUGGUCAAGAAGGAGUCCAUGAAGUCCGUGCAAAAGAUUGGGGCCACCGCCUUCCUGCUGUGCGGUUUUGUGGUCAUGAUCGGCAGCAUGAGCCUCAUCAUCCUGGACUGGAUCCACAACGCCUCAUCCAGCCCGGACACACACGGCAACGGGCACUAAAAGGUCCACCUCUCCUGCUGUGGCCUGCCGAAGACCAAGAAGGCUUUCAGCGCUGGACUGCUACAGCCGCGCAAACCAACAAAGAUCAACACCUAUUGUAAAAGAAAAGAAAAAAAAACAUACAAACACAAGAACUCACUUAAUGCUCGGCUUUGACUUCCUGAGCGACGAACCAUGCCAUUCCAAGAGAAUGUAUCGAACUUUGUACAGUAUGCUGUUCUAGGCCACAACGAUGGUGUUUUACUUGUUUUCUCUUUUUAUUGUAACUUUUUUUCAUUGUCGUUUCAUGCUCGUUUUUAUUUUGUGAUGUUCUUUUGUAGUUAUGGUACAGCUGAAAACAAAUAUUUUGAAGGUGCCUCAAAUCAGAGAUGACAGCGGAGAGUUCAAAGUGCAGCUCACACUCAGGUGCGGUGUCAUGUGUGGCUGUGACCUCAGAGCUCUGCGACAACUAAUCCUGCUGAGAAACGUAUGUGUGAAUCUCCCCGAAGAUUGACGAGAGACAACAGACUUGAAAGUUCAUCCUCCUCAAAGACAAUUAAGUUCCUUCCAACAUUUGUUGUUUUUGUUGUUGUUGUUUUUUUCUUUGCCAAAAUUGUAUUUGUAAAGCAUCUCUGUAUAUUGAAAAGCACUUAACUGUUCAGCACAAUUGUGGAGAAGAAAAAAAACAAGGCGUCAGUUUCCACAGGCGAGGCCUACUACACCGCCUUUUCAGUAUUCGUACCAAAGGCUUUUGUGACCUUGCUUAUAGUGUCAGCUUUCCUUGUAAAACCCAAUAUAAGUCAACAGAACCUGCCUUUUCAAACCCCGACACUUGGAGCUGCAGAGUAGCUCACAAGAGGACUCUCACAAAACUGUAUUUACUCUUUAUAACCUGCUGAAGAUCUUGUUGGAACAGUGCGUACAGCGAUGACACUACUGCUUUGAGAACGGAAGGUCUCCAGUGUCUCCAGUUCCCCUUCUCCCCCAUUCGGGGGAGGGGAGAACUUAAAAAUGUUUUUCUUUAUGGGAGAAUACUUUGAAUUUGACCACAUGCAGUGGUUCUAAUAUACCUGUUAAACUUGCAACAAAAAACAAACUAAAAACGGUCGCGCAGUUUUCUGCUUUCGAAAUGUUUCACAAUGAAGAACUUGAUUGCUCGAUGCGGACUUGUUUCCCCGCCGAGUCGUGAACCUGUCAUCUGACAGUGCACUGUGCUUCCAACACUAACUUAACACGUCACCAUACUUUUAUUGUCCAACAUCUAUUUAUGGAAGACCGUAAAAAUCAAUGUAAUUUAAUCUAUUUUACUAUAUUUAUAUAAUAUUGUAUGUAUAUAUAUGUAUAUAUCUAUUGAGUUCAACUGUAUAUACACUUUGUUUGAACCUUCCUUUUUUUUUUUUUUUUUUUACAAUAAUGCAUUGGAGCUGUAAAACAAAAGCGAACCCCACCCCCCCCUUGCUGGUGAAUUUGUGAUAUUGAAUUGGCUCCACUACACUGAACUUGAACUGAUUCAUCUCUGAAUUAUCCUACUGUGUUGAUUCUGUGAAAACUGUUACAUGUUAAAGCCACUGAUACAGCGGCAGCAAUCUUGUUUACUUUUUGACCCCUGAAUACGAACCCAGAUCAGCAACGUGUUCUUUACGCACAUUAGCCAUCUUUUGACUUCAGGAGCAAAGAGGGCUUUUCCCGCCAGUGUAACACUCUUGUUUCAAUGAAACACUAUGUAUAUCCUGUAAAUAAUGUCCAAUUAAAAUCAAAGAUAAUCUAUAA